AUGUCCGAAGAGAAGGAGAUCGAUUACACCCUCAACAACCCCGAUACUCUGACCAAGUACAAGACGGCCGGUCAGAUCUCCGAAAAGGUCCUCGCCGAGGUCGCUAAGCUCUGCGUCCCUGGCGCAAAGAUUGUUGAGGUCUGCCAGAAGGGUGACAAGCUCAUCGAGGAGGAGGUUGCCAAGGUCUACCGAGGAAAGAAGAUCACCAAGGGUUUCUCCAACCCCACCACCAUCUCUCCCACUUCCUAUGUCACCCCCUACACUCCUCUUACCUCGGACGAGACUGAGGCUGCCACCGAGAUUAAGGCCGAUGAGCCCAUCAAGAUCCAGCUCGGUGCUCAGAUCGAUGGCUUCGGCACCAUUGUCUGCGACACCGUAAUCGCCGGCAAGGGUGGUGAGACCAUCACCGGCCGUCCCGCCGACCUGCUUCUUGCCAACUACUACGCCAACGAGCUUCUUCUCCGCCUGAUGGUCCCUCCCGGCCUCCUGGCCCAGGGUACUGACGAGGAAAAGGCUAAGGCUGCCGCCAAGAAGGCCCCUACCCAGAGCCAGAUCACGUCCCUACUGGAGAAGGUCUGCGAAGCUUACGAGUGCCACCUCGUCGAGAGCACUACCUCUUGGCUCUUUGACCGCAACGAGAUUGAGGGCACCAAGAAGAUUGUCCUGGCCCCCACAGAAGGUGCCAAGGGCGAUGGCGUACCCGAGGUUGGUGAGGUUUGGGGUGUCGAGAUGGGCGUCAGUCUGGGCUCGGGCAAGUGCAAGACUCUGGAUGGACGUGCCACGCUCCACCGCCGCACCACCAACACGUACGGUCUGAAGCGCCCUACUUCGCGCAAGAUCCUCUCUGAGGUGCAGAAGAAGUUUGGCACCUUCCCGUUCAGCUUGAGACAGCUCGAAGACGAGCGCGACGCCAAGUCUGGUGUCGUCGAGUGCGUUCGCGGCAACGUGUUCCGCCAGUACGAGAUUGUCGGUGACAAGGAUGGCUCCCCCGUCGCCAGACUGUUGACCACGGUCGCCAUCACCAAGAACGGCCUUACCAAGCUUGGUGGCCCUCCUGCGCUGGACCUCAGCAAGGUGCAGUCUGACAAGAAGAUCACGGACACAGAGAUUCUCAAGAUUCUUGAGCAGCCGCUGGCACGCAACACGGGCAAGAAGAAGAGCAAGUCUAAGAAGAAGAAGACUGCUAAGAAGGCCGAGUCGGAUGAUGAGGACUCUGACAGCGAGUAA